GGUGUUGGAUUAUGUUCUGCGUAUACCACACUUCACCAGAAUUCACCGUCCCGCCUGCAGAUUUUCACCGAGCAAAAGCACGGUUCGCUCUCCACCAAAGGGGGUGCUGGUGGCUUUAGGUAGAAUAUGCAAUUCCUUUUUAUGGGAUCAAAAUGUUAAUGCACGGCGGCUUCACUGGUGUGCUUGGGAGAAGCUAUGCUUUCCUCUACAGGAAGGGGGCUUAAGUAUCAGGUCGUUUGCUAAGAUGUCGCGAGCCUUUUCAUGUAAGCUCUGGUGGAGGCUGCGGGGGCAUAACUCCUGUUCGGCUGAAUUUAUGCACACAAAGUACAUUCGGUGGGCUCAUCCCACGAGCAUGGUUGUGGAGCGAGCUCCCUUUUCUUGGUGGCGCUUGGACGAGGUCAGGGGUUUUGUUGAGGAUAACACUAGGUGGUGUUUAGGGGAGGGCAUGCUAGACUUUUGGCUUGAUAUUUGGUGUGGCGACCAACCGCUGGCGUCCCGCUUGGGCCUUCUAGAUCCACCCUAUCUGUUAGUUGGUGAGUUUUAUUCCCUGGAUGGAUGGAAUGUUCCUCGUUUACGGGAAUGGGUACCGCAGUCUCUACUUACAGAAAUAUUGGAAAUCCCUUUUGACCCAUUCCGGAAAGAUAGGAGGGUAUGGGGGCUAAGUUCAUCAAGUGAAUUCUCGGUGUCCUCGGCAUGGGAGGCUCUGCGCCAAAAACGGAAUAUCUCCUUAGUGGAUAAAUUUAUUUGGGACCCAGUCAUUCCGGGGAAAAUUUCAUUCUUUUCAUGGCAGCUAGUGUGCAGGUGGGUUCCGAUUGACUGUGUUGUACAGCAAAAAGGGCUUGCUCUGGUGUCCUGUUGUGGUUACUGCCUGCAGGCGUUUGAGUCCUUUAAUCAUGUGUUUCUUACUGGACCAGUUGCUGCAGCUGUCUGGAGGUUUUUUGCCAGGAAAUUUGGAAUUGCAGGUAUUCACUUUCUUAGCAUCUCGUCAGUGCUUCUUAGAUGGUUUGGUUCUCAUUUGCGGGUUGGUCCAGGCCAUAUUCGGGUUAUUCUACCGCUACUUGUCCUCUGGUUCCUCUGGAAGGGUAGGAAUGAUGCUCGUUUCAAUAGGGGCUCGUUUUCAACCUCCCGAGUCAUAUUCCAAGUGGAGUAAUUUGUUCGCAAGAUAGGUAUGGUGCAGGUGCUUGAUUUUCGUCAGUUCACGCGGGGACCGGGAUUGUGGUUGGGCUAGUCUGGCCCAAUGUCAACGUCUCUCGGUUCGUUUUCAAGUGGUUCGUUUUCAAGUGGUUCGUUGGCUCAAAUCAACGCUGCCUUGUGUGAAGCUCAACACGGAUGCUUGCGUCGCUGUGGGUGGGGCUGCUAGUGGGGUCUUGGUUCGUGAUUCGGAAGGCGAUUUAGUCUUCGCCUUCUACAAGGAGUUUGGAGAGGUGGAUAUGUUGACCGCGGAAGCACUUUCUCUGCAGGUUGGGUUAACACAUUGCCAGGCGCGUGGCGUGCAACAGUUGACGGUCGAGGUGGAUAAUAGGAGCUUGGUCCGAUUGGUGUCUUCCGAUGUUUUGGCUAAGUGACCUUUAAGCAGGGUAAUUCAGAGAUAUCGUCUUUUGCUUAGGGAAGUGCGGGCAACUGUCCAGUUCAUCUAUAGGGAGGGCAAUUUGCCCGCGGAUGCCCUUGCUGCUGCCCGGUUGGGCUGUGACGGGUUGUUCACUAGUUUGGCAUACUUCCGGCCUCAGUUAGAGCUUGUUGUCUUUUGGAUAAGUCCUCGUUUCUCCACUUUCAUCAUAGCUUUGCUCGGGUGUAGUGUGUUUUGUACGCGGACUCAAAAAAUUGUACUAAAGUAAAUUUAAAAAAAAAAACAAAGAAAAAAAGUUCAUGAAUCAUCAACUUGAAAAACUA